GGUUGUGCCCGAAACUUUUUUUUGAAAAUAAAAUGUGAAAAAAUAAAAUGUUAAGAAUAAGCAAAAGUUGGUGUGCGGUUUUAUGUUUUUGCUUUAGUUUGGUGGCUGCCAAUAAAGAUGAUUACAAGAUUUUUAACGUUUCCCUCAACGGGGAUAGUUCGAUUUCCUUACAUUGGCUAAUAGAUUACCCUAAAACGAAAUUGGCAUUCGAAAUUCAUUUACCCUCAGAGUUUGGUUGGUUUGCUUUUGGGUUUUCAAACUACGGAGAAGCUUUUCCAGCAGAUUAUUGCUUGCUAUGGAGGAAUUUGGAUGGAAAAUUGCAUUUGAUUGAUACUUGGACUAACGAUGAAGGCGUAGUGGACUUGGAUCACCAUCAGGACUGUAGCAAUUUCCGUUACAAGACAACAUCAUCUGGAAUUACCAAGUAUACUUUUAAAAGAAAAUUUGAUACUUGUGACAAUCGAGACUAUAUAAUAGAGGAUGGUACAACUCACAUAGUAUGGUCCAGAGGCCUACAAAGAAUCGUCUCUCCGAAAGGCCUAAACAUCAGCACUUCAGAUAGACAAAAUUCCGGAAUGAUUCGAGCGUCCCUACUCAAAAACCUUCACGCAAAUACAAAUCUACCUUCCCACGUUCAAACCUUGGAACUUCUAGCCGAUAAAGUCAAAGUACCAGCUGAAGAAACCACUUACUGGUGCAGAGUUUUCAAAUUGCCCGACAAGUUUAAGAAGAAGCAUCACAUAUAUCAGUACGAAGCCAAUAUUCAAGCGUCUAGCCAAGGCUUGGUGCACCACAUGGAAUUAUUCCAUUGUGAAUCAAAUGCCAAAGAGGAAAUUCCUCUUUACAAUGGGGAUUGUUUUGAUAACAAGCGGCCAAAGAAAACGGAAGUUUGCAAAAGGGUUUUGGCCGCUUGGGCUAUGGGAGCUCAACCUUUUACUUAUCCAGAGGAAGCUGCUCUUCCACUAGGAGGUGAAACCUUCAACCAAUACGUAAUGUUAGAAAUCCACUACAAUAAUCCAGAAUUAAAAUCUGGUAUUAUUGAUAGUUCGGGUGUUAGAUUUCAUAUAUCCGAUAAGCUUAGGCAAAUGGAUGCUGGGGUAAUCGAAUUAGGGCUAGAGUACACCGAUAAAAUGGCAAUACCGCCAGGACAGGAAUCGUUUCCUCUUACAGGAUAUUGUAUUAGUUCUUGCACAUCGGUUGGGUUUCCUCAAGAAGGCAUUACAAUUUUUGGUUCCCAAUUGCAUACUCAUCUCAUAGGAGUGAAAGUAUAUACACGUCAUUUUGAUGCCCUCGGUAGGGAACUGCCUGAAUUGAACCGAGAUAAUCACUAUAGCACUCAUUUUCAAGAGAUCCGUCGUCUGAAAAAACCUGUAAAGGUUCUACCAGGGCACGUUUUAAUAACAAGAUGCGACUACAGCACUAUGAACCGCAAAAAUAUGACUUUCGGAGGAUUCUCGAUAAGCGAUGAAAUGUGCGUGAACUACAUCCACUAUUAUCCUCGCGCGCCUUUGGAGGUGUGCAAAAGCUCCAUUUCUGAACAAGCGUUGAAAACUUUCUUCAAUUACAUGAAGGAAUGGGAAGAUCAGCCGACGUCAGAGUCAAAAGGAGUAUCCGAAAAUUACUAUUCGAUUCAGUGGAAUAAAAUGAGAGUGCAACUGUUGGAUGAAGUGUACCAUGAGGCUCCAUUGAGUAUGCAGUGCAAUAUGUCGAGUGGAAAUCGUUUUCCAGGAUACUGGGAAAAUGCUCCAGUGCCUGCAGUUUCACUCCCUUUGCCGCCUCCAUCCAGAGAUUGCCAUUUUGAUGAUCAAAAAUAAGUAAACCAAUAUGGGCCAAUAAAAAAGAUUCAAUAUAACAGUAUUUUAAAAGCAUUAUAA